UUUACUAGCACUAAAGUUGUCAUGACUCAAUACAGGUCAAUUCUCACUAUAAUUGGGCUGAUUUCUAUGCUCUUUCCAUUUACCACUAAUGCUACUGAACAGAACAAUUCACAAAUCUAUAUUGUUCAUUGUGAGUUCCCUGAUGGGGAAAUGUCAUCCAGAUAUCAAGAUUUAGAAAGCUGGUAUCUUUCCUUCUUGCCUGCAACGACCUCGGAUAGUGACCGUGAGGCACCACGUUUGAUAUAUUCCUAUCGAAAUGUCCUAACAGGUUUUGCAGCAAAGUUGUCACCAGAUGACCUACAGGAAAUGGAAAAAAUGAAAGGAUUUGUUUCUGCACGACCCGAGAAGCUACUUACUUUACACACCACACAUAGUGUCAAUUUCAUGGGGUUGCACCAGAACAUGGGGUUCUGGAAUGACUCAAAUUAUGGGAAAGGUGUGAUUAUUGGAGUUAUUGACACGGGAAUUUUCCCGGACCACCCUUCGUUUAGCGAUGAUGGGAUGCCACCUCCCCCUGCUAAAUGGAAAGGAGUUUGUGAAUCCAAUUUCGCGGCCAAGUGUAACAACAAGCUCAUUGGAGCGAGGUCUUACCAACUUGCCAAAGGUUCCCCGAUAGAUGAUAAUGGACAUGGUACACACACAGCGGGCACAGCUGCAGGAGCCUUUGUGAAUGGUGCCAGUGUAUAUGGGAAUGCUAAUGGCACUGCAGUUGGUGUUGCUCCUCUUGCACACAUAGCCAUAUAUAAAGUAUGCAAUUCUGGUAGUUGUUCGGACAGUGAUAUUUUAGCUGCCAUGGAUGCAGCUAUAGAUGAUGGGGUAGAUAUUCUAUCAAUCUCCCUUGGUGGAAAUCCACGCCCUUUCUAUGAAGACAGUAUUGCCCUCGGGGCAUACAGUGCAACAGAAAGAGGCAUUCUUGUCAGUUGCUCUGCAGGCAAUAGUGGUCCUUCGAUUGCCUCGGUAGCAAAUGCAGCCCCGUGGAUUCUUACAGUAGGUGCCAGCACACUUGAUAGAAAGAUAAAAGCUACUGUUAAGCUUGGAAAUAGAGAGGAAUUUGAAGGGGAAUCUUCUUAUCGUCCAAAGAUUUCCAACUCAACAUUCUUCACUCUUUUUUAUGCUGGAAAAAAUGCGAUUAAUCAAUCUGACACCCCUUACUGCAAACCAGGGUCAUUCACUGACCCUGCAAUAAGAGGAAAGAUAGUCAUAUGUUUGGCAGGUGUCGUUUCCUAUAUUGAAAAAGGACAAGCUGUGAAGGAUGCUGGAGGUGUUGGCAUGAUUAUCAUCAACCCUUCAUUUUAUGGUGUCACUAAAUCAGCUGAUGCUCAUGUUCUUCCAGCAAUAGAUGUCUCAGCUGCAGAUGGAUUAAAAAUUCUUGCUUAUACGAACUCAAUAGUAAACCCUGUUGCUACAAUCACGUUCCAAGGAACAAUAAUUGGAGAUACAAAUGCUCCCAUAGUUGCUGCAUUUUCUUCUCGCGGACCAAGUAGAGCUAGUCCUGGCAUCUUGAAACCUGACAUAAUCGGUCCUGGUGUUAAUAUCCUUGCUGCUUGGCCUACCUCUAUGGAUGACAACAAAAACACCAAAUCCACAUUCAAUAUUAUAUCAGGCACCUCGAUGUCUUGUCCUCACCUUAGUGGCGUAGCAGCUCUGCUGAAGAGCACACAUCCUGAUUGGUCUCCUGCUGCUAUUAAGUCUGCAAUGAUGACGACCGCUGACACGUUAAACCUUGCCAAUAGUCCAAUACUAGACGAAAGGCUCCUUCCUGCUGACAUCUAUGCAAUCGGUGCAGGACAUGUUAAUCCAUCGAGGGCAAAUGAUCCAGGACUAGUUUAUGAUACCCCAUUUGAGGAUUAUGUACCUUAUUUAUGUGGUUUGAACUACACAAAUCCACAGGUAGGUAGCCUGUUACAACGCAAGGUGAAUUGCUCGGAGGUGAAAAUGAUCCCUGAAGCACAAUUAAACUAUCCUUCAUUUUCCAUAUUCGGACUUGGAUCAACUUCGCAGACAUAUACCAGAACUGUGGCCAAUGUUGGUGACGCUACAUCAUCUUACAAGGUGGAGGUAGCUUCACCAAAAGGCGUUAAUGUGGAAGUUGAACCCUCCGAGCUAAAUUUCUCUCAGUUGAACCAGAAGUUAACAUACCAAGUCACAUUUUCCAAGACAACCACCAGUAUAAAUCCAGAGAUUGUUGAGGGUUUCUUGAAAUGGACCUCUAAUAGGCACUCUGUGAGAAGUCCAAUUGCAGUUGUGUUAAACGUGUGAAAAAUUGGCUAUUUAAGUGCAUAAAGUACUCAAACAUUUGAU